AUGGUUAACCGCGUCAUUCAGGAGGUUCUCCUUGAGGAACGUGCAGGAGUGCAUGAAUUAGUGACGGAUGACUACAAGCUUCGCUGGGCACUGGAAAAUGACGCCCAGUUGUUCGUGGUUGCUGUGUACCCGAAGUUCCUCUCGUACACAAACAUGAGUACCUUCCUGCGUAAUAUAACGAAAGGUUUUGCGAAAAAGUAUGGACGGGUUCGAGAUGGUCUAGACAUGGAGUACGACUUCGCAGCAGAGUACACCCAGGCUCUGUCAACACUAGAGGCCGAUGGGGAUGAUGUGGGCAACACGGAUGCUGCUCUGGACGCCAGUGAGACGGCAGAAGAGGUAGACGCAGGAGAGGCACCGGCACAAGAAGAGGUGGAAGAGAGAGAGGCGACAGUGCACCGGGGUAGCAACACUAUUGUGACCAAAAACGGUCAUGUCAUUGGGCGCAAAGGCGUAAAAUCGGCAGCGGGUAAAGCAUCGCCCCCAUCAACAGCUCAGAAGAAGGGCAAGCCGCUGAAGCAGGCCACCCGCUGGGAUGAGCCUGCCGUUGACCCUGCUGUGGAGCAGCAGAAACAUUAUAGGGCCCCAACAGAGGAGGAGUUAGCAGCACAAGCGGAGAUUCAACGGGCGUCGUUUAUCAAGCGAUUGCCCAACGGUACUGUCGCACCAGUGCGUGAAAAGGAGUGGGAGAACCAGCCGAGAGGACGUUUGGCGAAUUGGCUUCGCUCAUACGUUGGCCGUCGGGAGCUGGACAGCCAAGAUUUUCAAAAUGUUAUUCCAAAUCUGCGCGAGAAAUUGAUUGCCAAGAAUGUUGCUGUCGAGGUGGCGGAGCACGUGUGCAAGUCGGUAGAAACUUCACUGGAGGGGAUGAAACUCGGUACGUUUGAUUCUCUCCACAAAACCGUUGAGACUGCCAUGGUUUCGGCGCUUCGCCGUAUAUUGCAGCCUAAGCAUGAAGUUAACAUUCUGCGUGCUGUUGCGUCAGCGCAGUCGCGAAAGAAGCCGUACUCUAUUGUGCUAUGUGGUGUUAACGGAGUGGGUAAGUCUACGACUCUUGCAAAAAUUGUCUACUGGCUUCAGCAGAACAAUCACGAUAUCCUUAUCGUGGCGGGCGACACGUUUCGUCACGGCGCAGUGGAGCAAUUGGAGGUGCACGGUCGCUGCUUGGGCGUUCCUGUCUUUCAGAUGGGUUACGGCACCGACCCUUCAGCUGUGGCUGCUGCGGCCAUUGCACAAGCUACCCGUCAGCAGUAUGAUGUGGUUAUGAUCGACACGGCAGGACGGAUGCAGGACCAUGAGUCGCGUAUGCGCGCUCUCGCGAAGCUCAUCCACGAUAACCAACCGGACCUGGUUCUCUUUGUGGGAGAGGCGUUGGUGGGUAACAGUGGAGUUGACCAGCUUAGGAGGUUCAACCAGUGCCUUGUGGACUUUGCCCCUGUCGGGUCAGUCUCUCGUGGCAUUGAUGGAAUUGUACUAACAAAAUUUGACACCAUCGACGACAAGGUCGGUGCGGCGCUCUCGAUGGUGUACGAAUUGGGCCAGCCUAUCGUAUUUGUGGGCACCGGCCAGACGUAUCAGGACCUAAAAGUCAUGGAGCCUGAUGUCGUCGUCAGCGCGCUGAUGGAGUAG